AUGGUUGGUGAUACGCAAGUGGAUGAACCAAGUCAGAGCUCGCCACUUUCUCAGAAGGACGAAAAUAUUCAUGGCACCAGUAUUAGUCUUUUAUUCAACUCACAAGAUAUUACCAAGGAUGUAGUUGGGAUUGGAAAUAGAUGGAAGCUUCAUAACGCUAAUAAUAACGAGAAUAAUGAUGAUUCUGCAAUUGUGAUAGAUGAUAUUGAUGAGGAAAGUAGAAACGAAGGUUUAGAGGAGUUUCAUUUGCUGGAUGGAGAAGAAGGUAAAGACUAUGUUAUUGGGUUCCCCAAGAUCGAGGACUGCUCGACACAAGUGAUUGAUAAACAAAGAUCAUUUGAAGAUACAGGUAGUAUUGGAGAUGUUACACGAUUAAAGAGUGCUAUGCUGCUACCAGAGACUCAGAUAAUUAGGGCUCAAUCCUCAAUGUCACUGAAUAAGGACGUUUCCACUUUGCUCAAGUUUGACGAGAGUUCUGGCAAGCAAAGAACUAGUGGGGAGGAUUUUGCAGAUAUUGAGUUGACACCUACUACACGACAGCAGAAAGAGUUACCAGAUACGCAGAUCAUCAAUAGGAAAGACCAGCAGCGAACCAUAUCAUCUCCAACAGAGGUUGAUGAAACUGCGCAAGCCGAUUUCGAAAAUCAGACUACCACCAUCACCAAUACUACCAGUGACAAUUUUUUAGAAAAAACUCAGGUAGUAUCAGGAAAUGAGAUUGAAGAAUCGAAGGAGACUCAGGUGAUAUCCAAGACCUCUGAAGCUUCAAAAUCUUUAGGGAAACCACUGGUUUCACCAGAGAGGAAAUCUGGGGUCGAGGAAAUGUUUGACCAGACUCAAACAGAUUCUGUUUCCAUACCGAUUAUCCCUAUAGAUACUCAGGUCUUUUCCACAACAUCAUACUCAGUCGAUCCUGUCAAUUCUGAGGAUACUCAAGUACUCCAAUCACAUAGGCAGGUUAUUAAUACACAAGAUGCACCUGGGACUUUGGUUCCACAUCAAAAACCGAAAAAAAUUCUUGAAGUGCAAACAGAUGACGAACAUAGUACAAUUGAUGAGACUAACGAAGACGAAAAGGUAGAGGAUGGAGAGGAUGGAGAGGAGGAGGAGAAGAACAAAAAGAAAAAGGUAGAAGAAGAAGAAGAAGAAGAAGAAGAAGAAGAAGAAGAAGAAGAAGAAGAAGAAAAAGAAGAAGAAAAAGAGCAGGGAGAGGAAGAGCAGGAAGAGGAAGAGGAGGAGGUUCCUGUUGAUAAAGAUGUCACCAAUAAUUAUGAAGACAGCAUAGUAACACAUAGAAAACGGCGACUUUCACGUAGUCCUAUGAAACUAAAACGAAGCCGAACGGCAAACAUUAUUAGACAUGUUGAGCUUGACGAUGAAGAUCCAUUUGAUAACACAGGCUCGACACCGGCAACCAAUCUACGAAAUCAUUCCGUGCCUUUGAUUUUUGCAUCACCUUUUACUAACAUUGUUAUGUCCUCUUCGCCCCCUAGUAAACAAGUUUACAACCAACUGGUGUUGACUGAUGAUGGCGACGAAGCCCAUAUGAAAAGCGACAAUACUCAAACUACAGUUGAUACAGAUGCAGAUACAGAUUUAAGCGAUUCAUCAGAAACUUCUUCGGACAAGACGCGAUUAAAAUCACCACCAAGCUCACCUGGGGCUUUAGACACUUUGACCACAGAUGAAAAGACUUCUUCUGAAGAGUGGGAUAUUGGAAUGGACAAUGAGACCAUCAUUGAUAAGUCUGCUCUGGAAAAACCUAUUUUGACAAAGAAAAGAGUCAACAAUGUUGUUGACUCCGAGUCGGGCACGGAUGACAUGACAAUUAAACAUAAUGAUGAGGAAUCUUUCAUUUUAAGAAGAGAGAAGUCCGAUAUACUUUCAGAAGCAGACGUCUUACAGCGCGAGGGGGUUUGGGCAAUCUAUAACUUGAAAAUGUAUGCCGGCCACAUCAUUUCAAGAUCUGAAGAUACUCUGGUUGUUGAGUUUUAUGAGGGUUUGUAUACCAUAAAGAAUGAAGAUCUCAGUUUGCUUGAUCUUAGAAUUGGAGAUAUUGUGAAUGUUAGGAAAAAACGAUUCAAAUGUAUAGUAACGGGUUUAUCAUCCGGGGAGUCUGCCAGUCCUAUCCAUUGCAUGCGCGGGUACAAUGUUGUUCAUUUAAAGCGACGUUCUGCAAAAGGCAGUAGAGAAAAUAAAGAGUUUACUGUAUCAUUAUCUGAAUGCCAUAUGGAAUUGAGCGACUGGGUGAUACAUCAGCAAAAGUUCAAGUUGGCUUUAGAUGACAAUUUGGUUAGCGUUUUCGCCGCAUCGAGCUCUAUGAGUCAUCGGAAUACUGAAGUUUCAUUAUCAACAACACCAACAAGAUCUUCCAAGAUGCUUUCAAGCGAUGGAGUAUUUUCGAAAUUGAGUCCAUUCCCAAAGAAGAAGCUUUUUGAUCAGCAGGUAUUUGAAGGGAGGUUAUUUUGUAUUACAAAUAUUGAUGGUGUUGGAAAGGACGUUAUCAAACAGAAAAUCGAGAGCAACGGGGGCAUCUUCAUGGACUGCGAUUUGAUUGAUAUCUUUAAAUACCCGGAGACAAAUAGUGGUGGACUAUGCCUAUUGUAUGAUUAUGAGACAUUGCCAAAGGAUAUUCGAUUUGGUUGCAUGAUUGCUAGUAACUAUUGUCGGAGCUCGAAAUAUUUACAAGCAUUGGCUUUGGGAUGGCCUAUUCUCUCUGAUGCAUAUAUUGAUGAUGUUCUUAAAGACUCGUUUAGGCUUGAGCAAUGGCAUGCAUAUUUAUUGCCUGCUGGACAGUCGAUUCAUUUAAAAGCUUUGAAAAGUUUGGACAUUUAUCAGUUUAGGAGAAACUAUGAUCAAGAUUUUCCUUUGAGCUCUCAGUUGGCAAUAAAUAGUAAAAUGUUGAUAAACUACGAUGUCAUAAUAUUAAGCAAUGCUCAUGAAAGUAAAAAAAACUUGAUUGAGUUGGAGACGUGCAAGUUUAUUUUCCACGCAUUUGGUGCCAAGUCUUGGAACUGUUGCACAUCUGCAAUAAAUGUCAAGAAUGUGUUACAGAACUCCAAUGGAGACGAUUUUUUGGUUUAUGAUGAUGGCAAUGGUCAGGAAUUAUUGGAAAGUAUUAACACAGACAGAAAGAUAAGAAAAAGAUUGUCACCAUCAUCAUCAUCAUCAUCAUCAUCAUCAUCAUCAUCAUCAUCUUCAUCUUCAUCAUCAACAACAUCAUUAACAACAAUCAAAAGGACAUUUGAGGUGAAGUUAAUCAAUUGGGAGUGGGUGGUUCAGUGCGUCAUUAGCGGAUGUAUCUGGAACCCCACAGCAACCAUUUCUGUAGUCAUUUAA